CCCUGUAUAUAAAUCUCUACUCCCGCUCUCAAUUCCAUAACUUAGAACAAUUCUUCUCGACAAUUACUUGCAAACAAGUACUUGGAGUUCUUCAUCUUUGGUUGAUUAUGGCGCUUGAAGCUUUGAACUCUCCCACUACUCCUCCGCCGUCGUUUCAGUUUGAGACCGCCGCCCUCCGCUAUCUAGAGCCGUGGACUAAGGGAAAGCGAUCCAAGCGUCCCCGCAGCGUAGAGCGCCAUGAGCCCACUGAGGAGGAGUACCUCGCGCUCUGCCUUGUCAUGCUAGCUCGAGGCGGUGGCGCUGUCUCAACUUCCGCCGCACACCCGCCGGAGCAGAAGGAAUUGCAGAUGCAAAGCCGUGUUCCGCCACCACCGUCUGUGGUGCCGCCGCUUGAUUCGUCCAAGUUGAUUUAUAAGUGUUCGGUUUGUGGCAAGGCUUUUGGGUCGUACCAAGCUCUGGGAGGCCACAAGGCCAGCCACCGGAAACUCAGCGUUGGUGGUGGCGGCGGAGGAGACGAACAGUCCACCACCUCCGCCGCGACAACUACCUCCUCAGCCACCGCUGGGGGCAGCGGGAGAACCCACGAGUGCUCCAUCUGCCACAAGUGCUUCCCGAGCGGGCAGGCCUUGGGAGGCCACAAGCGCCGCCACUACGACGGCGGCGCCCCGAGCAAUAACAACGGCGGCACCGGCAGCAAUAACAACGGCGGCACAGGCAGCAGCGCCGUGACUUCAUCAGAAGGCGUGGGUUCUACUGUUAGUACCCACCGGGAGUUCGACUUGAACCUGCCGGCUUUGCCUGACUUCUGGCGGGGCUUCGGCGGCUCCGCCGUUGACGACGAGGUGGAAAGCCCCCACCCGGCAAAGAAAUCACGCCUUCUGCCGCCGGCGAAGUUGGAAAUCCUUUGAAGAACAUUCGCAGAGCUGCAGAAAUCAGGAAAAUUCAUAAUAUUGGGAAUUCAACCUUUGUCUUUUUAUUUUUUAUUUAUUUUUU